AUGAACUCAAAGAAAAUUUAUAACAAAUCACUUACUUAUUAUUGGCUUUUAGGACCUAACUGGAACGAUGCUUCUUCCAUCUACGAGUGGAUACAACAACAGUUCACAUUGGACCGAAAACGAAAACGAGUAUGUCUUUCCUGCUUUGGCAAAGACUUUGAACUUCUUCAACGAGAUGACACCAUUACAACUCUCUGGAAUGCUGGUGGACCUGGGAUUGGAAAAAGCAGAAUCCUAGACGAAAUUGAAGGAUUAAUCAAGAAAAAAGCUGAGGAAUCUCGCAAUAAUGAUUUCACAAAUAUGAUUGUCAUCAAUACAAGUUAUGGGAAUUCAACCACUGCUGACGACAUUGAUGAAAAGGUUCAAGCACAGGAUUAUAAUUUUGUCAGCUUCCGCUCAUACUGUAGGCAACAUCACAAUAAUUCAAACAUUUCAGACUUUACCCUGGACACUGCUUUUCAAAUUAUCUACUAUGACUUUAUGCAAAUUAAUCAAACAACACUUAAUCCUCAACUGGUCCUGGUACUCGGCAUCGACGAGUUCAAUAAAUUGCAUGUUCAAAAUAAAAAUGUCUGUAAGAAACUUAUACACGCCAUUGGAGGGUCAAUGUGUGGAUCGCCUGCAAUCAUAUUUUUCAUUCCUAUCCUAGCUGGAACGAUUGAAGGACCCUUAAUUGAUUAUAUUUCAGGUUCUAUGCACGAACCACUUCCCCUCCCACUACGUUUACUUAAUGAUGAUGAUGCAAUCAGAAUUGGUAUGAAAAUGAAUUUAAUUGAUGAUGAAUAUGUCAGCCUGCAUCCAUAUUUUCGAAUAAGUAUUAGUGAUAUUGAAGGACAUUGUAGAACAUUGGAGUAUUACUACGAAAUUUUUUCACAACAAUUUAUAACAGAACACGUUAAACUAGAAACAGAAGAAAUAUUGAUGACAGAAGAGGAGAAACUAAAAACAGCUGUUCGUAACGUGAAUAUCGAGAAUAUCAUGGAAUACGUCAAAGAUAGGAUU